AUGGCCUUCCUGCAGCAGCAACUCAACUACAAAGAAAUGGCUGAAAAAUACUCAAAACACAGUGAUGCCCAAUUUAUGCACGGGAAAAAAUUUGUAGAAGCAUUAGGCAUUGCGCUUGGAGAUAAAGUUCUCGAUGUCGGUUGUGGCACUGGAGAAAUCGCAGCUUAUGUCGCAGACACAGUAAAGGAAGAUGGUUUAUGUGUUGGUUUUGAUCCUGACAAGUAUCGUAUUGAAGUUGCAAUGGAAAAGCAUCUUCCUGGUCGGACAAACAUCACUUUCUUUCACGGCGAUAGCUCCUCUAAAUUUCCUCAUGCUAAUGAAGAAUUUUAUGACUAUGUGCUCUGUUUGUCUGUGUUCAAUUGGAUGAAUGAAAGCCAGAAAUUAAUAUUCUUAAAAGCUGCUUACGAUUCUUUAAGACCUGGAGGAAAAUUGGCUAUUUUCACCCUUGCUGGCAACCUUGAAAUUGGUGAUUGUACACGACAGUUAUUUACCAAUGUCAAGGUUGAUGUCGAUACUGGUAAAGUAUCAGAUCAUUUACCAAAGGAUAUUAAUAAGAAACAAGAAGCAACAGAAUUGCUGCCCCAAUACGGCUUUGUAAUACAAUCUGAGCGAUGUAUUGACUGCCCGUAUCAAUAUAAGACGUUGGAUGAUUACUUAACUUGGGUCUGUGCUUCGGCCUAUUUAGACAAGCAGAAGAUAUUACCCGACAAGUUAGAAAAAUUUGCACAGCGAUUUCAGAACGAGGAUGGAACGGUGCCCCUGAAUAUCAAGAUGUUUGAAAUUGUUGCCACUAAACCAGAAGGAAAUUAA